GACGCUGGAGCUGGAACAUCUCAAGCAGGAGGGUCUCAAGGAGGAGGCCAACAAGUGGAUCCGGGAAGGAAAUACGGGACCAUGGUCAACAACAACGUCAACCAUUGGAAGUGUAUUUUCUGUUACAAGGUGCUAACUGCUGGCAUUUCACGCUUGAAGCAACAUCUUGUUGGAGGGCAUAAGAAUGCAAAGAAGUGUCCAAUCUGUCCAGAACAUGUUAGAGCUGAGCUGCAGAACUACAUGGUGAAAAAAGCUGAAGAAAGAGCAGCUCUAGCUAUGCAGUUUCAACCUGCUGUGCGUGAAGAAGAUGUGGAGGACGUGGAUGCUGAUCAGCCAAAACGCAGCGGUAUCAAGAGGAAGAACCGUGGACCUCUGGAUAAGUUUGUGACGUCUCUGCCUCCAGACGUCUUGAAAGGCAGAAAGGAUUUGAAGGGAGUCUUGGGAGUUUGUGACAAGGAGCUAAGAGAGAAAGUUUGUGGAGGCAUAUCAAGGUGGUUUUAUGAUGCUGGCAUUCCUUUUAAUGCUGCUACACACGACAGUUUCAAGGAGAUGACUGAGUUGAUUGGGCAGUAUGGUAUGGGAUUAAAGCCUCCUUCAAUGUACGAGCUCCGGUUCAAUUUACUUCAGAACGAAGUAGCAAACGUUGAUGCUCAGCUAGUUGGUCACAGAGAGGAGUGGGCAGUGAAAGGAUGCUCCAUCAUGUCUGAUGGAUGGCGUGAUUCUGUGGUGCAGAAGGACAUCGUGAACUUUCUGGUUAACUCACCGAAGGGUUCUGUGUUCAUCAGGUCUAAAGAGGUGUCUGAAGUUGUGAAAGACGCAACAUUGCUGUUCAAGCUUCUGGAUGAUAUGGUUGAGGAAGUUGGAGAGAUGAAUGUCGUUCAGGUUGUGACUGACAAUGCUUCCAACUACGUGAAGGCUGGGAAGCUGCUUGAAGCUAAACGCCCACAUCUGUUCUGGACUCCUUGUGCUGCCCAUUGUCUUGAUCUGAUGCUGGAGGACAUCGGAAAGGUGCAAGCUGUUAAGGAUGCUAUGAAGAAGUGUAUGUUUGUCAAUGCAUACAUCUACUGCCGUGUUCCUCUGGUCAAUAUGAUGAGAAGGUUCACGAACCAGAGGAACUUGCAUAGGCCUGCUGUAACUCGUUUUGCAACUUCCUUCAUCACAAUGAGUCAAUUUCACCUUCAACAAGCCAAUUUGAAGAAGAUGGUGACCUCAGAGGAGUGGAACAAGUCGAAGUGGCCUAAAGAAGCAGGAGCAAGAAAGAUGAAGCAGUAUAUCCUUCAAGAGGGCUUCUGGAGGAACGUAGCUUAUGCUCUUAAGCUAACUUGUCCCUUGGUGAAGGUCCUCCGGAUGGUUAAUGGUGAGAAGAAGCCAGCAAUGGGGUAUAUCUAUGCUGCAAUGGAUAGGGCAAAGGAAACUAUUGCUAAGAGUUUCAAAUGGAAGAAAGAGAAGUAUGAGAAGGUCUUUGAGAUGAUAGACAAUCGCUGGAACUGCCAGUUACAUCAACCACUUCAUGCAGCAGGUUAUUUCCUCAAUCCAGCUGUUCAUUAUGCUCAUACGGUUGAUGUUUGUUGUGAGGAAGUGGAGACUGGCUUGUAUAACUGCAUCACAAGGCUGGUUCGAGAGCCUGCUGUUCAAGACAAGAUCAUGGUGGAGCUUGAAGUCUUUAAGAAUGCAAGUGGCCUCUUUGGUCUUCCCAUGGCUAUUAGGCAAAGGGAGAUGAAAUCACCAGCUGACUGGUGGUCAACAUACGGAUCAUCAGCUCCAAAUCUCAGAGACUUUGCAGUCAAGGUGCUAAGUCUUACAUGCAGUGCAACAGGUUGUGAAAGAAACUGGGGAGUCUUUCAACUUCUGCAUACCAAGAGAAGGAACCGACUAGCUCAAGGCCGAUUGAAUGACAUGGUGUUUGUCAAAUACAAUCGUGCUUUGCAGCGUAGGAUGAGGAGAAAUGAUGCCAAGGAUCCAAUUCUGUUGGAUGAGAUAGAUGAUAGCAAUGAAUGGCUAAUGGGGAAGAUGGAUGGGAACUCAUCCAAUGAUGAAGAUGAUGAUUUUGUCCAUGAUGAUGAAGACUUGACAUGGAGUGUGGUGAGCGAAGCAGUAGGAGCUGAAGAACCUAGCUACACUACUAGGGGAGCAAAAACUGCUAAGGACAACAAAGGGAAAGGAAAAGCUACUCCUUCAACUCAGAGCAAGCGCUAUGGUCCAUCACUUUCUCAUUUGGAGUUGGUUGAUGAAGAUGAUGACGUUGAAGGGGAGUUAGAAAAAGAUGCUAGCUUCUGGAAGGAUUUGGAAUUGGAGUAUGAGGAGAGUGGUUCUGAAUCUGAGUAGAGAUUCUACUCAGAUUGGUGUUUUUAUUUGCUUUUACUUUGGUGUUUUAGUUGCUUUUGAAUUUGGUGUUUGCAUUUAG